CCUUCUAGAUAAAAUAGUAGUGCUUCUUCUGAAAUGUCUAUAGAAGAUCUCUCCGUCUUAGAAAACGUUUUUAUAUACCGGUCUUUGUCAGCUUCCACCAUGGCAUACCGUGGCCAGGGCCAAAAAGUGCAGAAGGUAAUGGUUCAGCCCAUCAACCUCAUCUUCAGAUACUUGCAAAAUAGAUCUCGGAUUCAGGUGUGGCUUUAUGAGCAAGUAAACAUGCGGAUAGAGGGCUGUAUCAUUGGUUUUGAUGAGUACAUGAACCUUGUAUUAGAUGAUGCCGAAGAGAUUCAUUCUAAAACAAAGUCAAGAAAACAACUGGGUCGGAUCAUCCUAAAAGGAGAUAAUAUUCCCCUGCUCCAAAGUGUCUCCAACUAG